AUGGGAGAAAUAUCUAAGACCCCGGGCUACAUGGCUCAACUUUUGGAAGCUUUAGGGUGGAACGAAGGAACCAGGAUUCCUCUCGCUGAUCAAGCCAACCAAGAACUCGAAAACCUACUUAUUAACAGGCAAAAUGAGAAGCAGCGUUUAAAAGAGGCAUAUAUCUUACAAAAGAAAAAAUGUGAAGAUCUCAAUAAAUAUAAAUCUUAUGUCUUGACUGAAUCACAAGAAAAUACUCGUUUGCUAUUCGCACAUAAGCAGCAAUUGGAACAAGAAGUGAAACUCCGUCAGUUAUCAAUUAACGAAGUUGAUCGUCUGGAAAGGAAUACUGCAGACUGUCUUAAAGAGAACAAGGAUGUUACUACUAGAAUUGAUAGGUUUCAGAGUUCCAUUGCACGCUUAUUAAAAAAGGCAGACAUAUUGAAGACAGAAGUGUGUGGUGAGAGGGGUGCUCUUCAAGAAUGGCGAGCAGCACUGGAAAGGAAUGCUUGUGAUAUAACAGCAAUAGAACAGUUCACUAAACAGGAUACCUCUAAAGCAAAGGCAUUGGAGACGAAAAGACAGAAGCUGAAGCUGGAACAUGACCGUCUACAUGAUAGACUUGUACAAUUGGUAUCCAAUCUCAGUGCUGAAGAACGUGCAUGCGAUAGAAUAUCUAUUCAGGUCAUGGAAGGAAUGGAAGAAAGGAAACAGAUGAUGACCAUGUGGACUGCCGCUGUCGAGAAUCUACGACAACGUGACGCAGAUAUACGACAUGUUCGAGAGGACUACGCAUUACUAGAUACCGAAGCGAACAAUGUGGCAGAGAAAUGCCGCGAACAGCAGGCAUUUUGUGACCAGCAACGCGGCAACAACAUGGAUGCUAAUCGCGAGAAUAUUGCGUUGGGCCAACAGCUCGCCCAAACGCGCCUGGCACACCAGCGGCUCGUCGAUCUUAACACUGCACUCGAUGGGGAGUUCCAGAGUUUACAACGUGAAUUGAGCAGCUUACGAGCCAUGUUGGAGAAGCUUCACAUUGAAAACAAACACAUCUUGGAGGAACAGCGUCGCAAAGAUACGUCGUUGGAAGUUGUCAACAAUAAGAUCGCAAUGUUAAAGGACAAGUUAGUGGAUUCUACGGAUAAAACGAAAACCUCCGAGAAAAGAGCAAAGGAGCUUGAAGAUCUACUUAAUGAAGAGGAGCGUUAUGCAACUGCUUUGACUACAAAUCAACAAAGAUCUAUGCACUGCUCUUUCAUAGAACAACAGAAGCUUUUAGCACUUAAAAAUGAAGAGAAAUUAUUCCACAUGCAACUUAAGGCAUCCACUGCAGUGAUGAGCAAGUUGGACUAUAAACAGAAACAGAUAGAAAAAAAUCUUCAAUCUCAGAAAGAAACACUUUAUGCUAUUUGUUACCAAGUGGAGACUAUUGGAGCUCGAGUUUCUCAUAUGGAGGGAGCACAAGCCGAGCGUGAAUGCUCAGCAGCACUUGUAGAAAAAGAAAACAGACUGAAGGACGUGUGCGCGCUGCACGCGGCGCGCGUUGCGCUGCUGGAGCGGCACUCGGCGCGUCUGCACGACGACAUGCGCCGCCUAACCAGGGAGCUGGACCUCAAGAGCGCCACCAACACCAAGCAGCAAAGUCGUCUGAAGUCGUCGAUGCUGACAGUGGAGGGGGGCGAGAAGGACCUACAGAGUUCCCGCGAGCAUUGGCGGCGCCUGCGCGUGGAAGAGGCGCUCAUGCGCCUGCGCGUGGCGCACGCGUCGCGCGCUCUCGCCGGCCUCGACGACACCGGUUUCAACCUCGACGAACAGAGGCUGCACAUCGACGCGGCUAUGAACGAACGUCUAGUGGAGAUAAAUGCGCGUCGUGACAUGUUCAAUGUGCAGAAGCGCGCCCUCGUAGAAGAUUGUGGAAAGUUACGUUCUGAAAUUCGAGAACGUGAACAGCGGAUAGAACAACUUAUCAAGAGAUACGAUAUUUUCAUUGGUUCCUUGGGAAAAGACGAUUCCGGCCAACAACUUUCCGUAACUUACUUCAAGAUAAAGUUUGCUGCUGAACGUGCGGAGUUGCGUGAGCGAGGAGCAGCUUUGGACGCAGAUAUUGGCCGUCAGGAGAAGGACGUUUCGGCGCUUGAGGCCACCCUUCGAGUGGUACACCAUGCGCAUAGCCACUUCAUGCAUCACAUCUCACCGUUAAAGGACGACACGCCCGAGAUCGAGGAGCUGAACAAUCUAACGAAGCACUACUACGAGCUGCGCGACGAGCUGAAACUGGUGAAUGAGCAGGUGGCGGAGUUAGAGCGGGCAGUCAACGACCUGACCUCGCGCCUCACGCAUGUCAGCGACAAGAACAAACAGCUUAACGCGAGAUGCUCUGAAAAGAAACAAGAUUUGGAGAAUGCCCGUGACCGAAUGCAGCGUCAAGAGGAACGCCUACAGAACGCAAGAGACACCGUCAAGCACAACGCUAAACGGGCGAAAAAACUCGUAGACGGGGUUGAUAAUUGGCGUAUAUUUCAGCUUGCGAUCUGGUGCCGCGACUACUCGGAAGCCGCGUACAACGUGGUGACGGCGUUGCUGGAGCUGUGCCAGAACUCGCCGCACGUCUGCCCGCGCAUGGCCGCGCUGCUGGCCGCCACCGACGUGCAGCGCUACGUGCCUAGGAACCAGAGGCGACUGCUCACCCUCAUCAACAAGGUUAUAACUGACAUGAGUGCCGCUCAAAUCAAGACAGAUAUAGAAAUCCAAGAGUCGGUGUUUUCCACAUCAUCGGAGUCAAUCAAUAGUGGCGUGAGCAUCGCUAGCGGCUUCACGAAACGCCUCGCUGGUUUCCGAAGGCAUCUCGCUGUGAAAGUUAAGGAACCCGCGUUUGCCAGCGACAUUCCUGAACAAGCUCGACGAUCAACAGUAUCUCUGCGCGUCAUAACCCUCGGGUUAGACGAAACCGUGAAGGCGCUCACCGAUGACAUGUUAGGGUCCUACCAGUCCCUAAAUUGA